CUUCCUCCCGCCCCACUGAAGAUGGCAGCAGCAGCAGCAAGCUGGCUGAAAGGUCCUCGGGGUGUUUUCAGGACGCUGGUGCGCUCCUCGCUUUCUUCUGCCUCUUCCUCUUCCUUUUGGUCAGAUGAUCUCCUUCGGCAAAUGGACCGGCGUGACUCCUGGGACCGCUUCUACACCGCUAAAGAGAAAGGAGCUUCGCAUCAUGGCCACUUUGACUGGUUCUUUUCCUACGAUGAUGUCUCGGAGUUCCUGCUCUCCUUCCUUCAGAGCUUGCCGGCUGGCCGGACCCAAAUACUAGACGUCGGCUGCGGCACAUCCGCUUUAAGUCUGGGGCUCUUUCGAGACUCGCCCCGGCAACUUCACAUCUCGUGUUUGGAUUUCUCCCCUCCAGCCAUUGACUCCCUGCGCCAGCUGGUGAGGGAGAGCCCACCACCGGGGCACCCUCUUUCAGAACUGCACUGCUUCCUGGCCGAUGCCACUGCCUUGACCAGCACCUUCGAGGAGGGAUCGUUCCACCUCGUACUCGACAAGGGGACCUGUGAUACGCUGCUACGAUGCCCCCAGGGCCCGGGCAGAGCCAAGACGUUAGUGUCAGAGUGCCUGAGGGUGCUGAGGCCCACGGGGAACCUGCUUCAGUUUUCCGAUGAGGAUCCGGAUGCCAGGGUGCCAUUUUUGGAACAGGCAGGACGGGUGAAAGUUACCGUGAAGGAAAUCACGCAUAUCGGUGGCAUCUGUUACUAUGCUUACAUACUAAGCCCAGACUCUUCAGGGACCAGUGGCGCCGUCAAAUAGAAGAGGGACCGAAAAACUAUCCUAUGGGGUGAAGUAAAACCUUUGAGGCCAGCUGGGGUUUAGAAAUUGGGUGCUAGCUAAUGCUCUUCAAGCAAUCAAUCAUGUAGUGUGGCAGCAUCUGCUCUCUGGAACUCCCUGCCACUUGAUCUUAGGCAGGCGCCUUUGUUGUGCUGUUUUUGAUGUCU